GCCGCGCGCUGAUGCAAUCGGAACCCCCAAGCAGCAGCAGCAGGAGCAGGGAGAAUAUCAGUUCCUUCUCACAGCUGCAACGUGUCCCAGCAGGGAGGCGUUGCACAGGGAGAGACAGAUAGUCCGUAGGCGCUUCAUCCUGCUCGCUGGCCGAAGGGAGCGGGGCCGCGGAGAAAGCUCUUCCUGCCUCAUCUGGCAAUUACUGCUCUUGUACUAGCAUGAUGAAGAGGACAGUGACUGAUACCAUUUUCACUUCUGCAAUUCUCAAUGGGCUGUCAGAAUGAGUGCCCAGCUGGAGGAUGUACAGGGGGAGCCACAAAGCAAGCGAGUGAAUCUUUCAAGGCUGCAGACUUAAUUAUUAACCCAGCUACCACUUUCAAGGAAAAACCAGACCCCAGUGGUUUGGUGUUCGGAACUGUUUUCACAGACAACAUGCUGACAGUCGAAUGGUCUUUGACUUCAGGAUGGGAGAAACCUUAUAUUAGGCCUCUUGAGAACCUUUCAUUACAUCCAGCCUCAUCAUCUCUCCACUAUGCUGUGGAACCAAGAGGAGAGACAGAGGAGAAUCUGGUCCCAAUGGUGUGGCUCAAUGAAUACACACUGUUUGAAGGAAUGAAGGCUUAUCGAGGAGUGGAUGGUAAAAUCCGCCUGUUCCGUCCAACGCUCAACAUGGACAGGAUGGUGCGGUCAGCGGCGCGAGCAACACUGCCAUGUUUUGACAAGGAGGAGCUAUUAGAGUGCAUCCGGAAGCUUGUGGAAGUGGAAAAAGAGUGGGUCCCGCACUCUACAUCUGCAAGCCUGUAUAUCCGCCCUACUUUAAUUGGAACAGAGCCUUCUCUUGGAGUCAAGAAGCCAACUAAAGCCCUGCUGUAUGUUAUACUGAGUCCUGUGGGCCCAUACUUUGCAAGCGGAAGCUUUAAUCCAAUAUCCUUAUGGGCAGAUCCCAAAUAUGUAAGAGCCUGGAAAGGAGGAACGGGGGACUGCAAAUUGGGAGGGAAUUAUGGUUCUUCCAUCUAUGCCCAGCGUGAAGCUAUGGAAUUAGGGUGUCAGCAGGUUCUGUGGCUGUAUGGAGAGGAUCAUCAAAUCACUGAAGUCGGAACAAUGAAUCUUUUCCUGUACUGGGAAAAUGAAGAUGGAGAAGAGGAACUGGCAACCCCACCGUUAGAUGGCAUCAUUCUUCCUGGAGUGACGAGGCAGAGCAUCUUGGAGCUGGCACGCAAGUGGGGAGAAUUUAAAGUGUCUGAGCGGUACAUCACCAUGAGUGAUCUGACAGCUGCCUUGGAGGAAAACAGAGUGAAGGAGAUGUUUGGUGCUGGGACAGCUUGUGUCGUAUGCCCUAUUUCUAAAAUAUUAUACAAAGGCAAGAAUUUGCACAUUCCAACUAUGGAGAAUGGACCUCAGUUAGCAACCCGCUUCCUGAAUCAGCUGACUGAUAUCCAAUACGGAAGAGAAGACAGCGAAUGGACACUCCUGGUGUCAUGAAUGCAGAGUGGCGGGGAUCAGACCUUCCAUACACUACCCGACAGGCCAAACCGUUACACCAGAACAAUCACCACUUUUCUGUAGCUGCCCCUUUAGAGCUGUGCGUAGGGUAGUCAGUGUUCUCCCUUUCCUCCCCAGGGUGAUUUGUUUCCACAUGCCAGGGAAUGUGAACACAAUCAUUAUGAUUUCUACCAUAGUCUUGCUAAUAGAAGCCUAUCUUCUUGUUAGAGAUGCUAGAUGUAAGCAAUAGAACUGUCCCAACUGUUUUCUUGGUGCCUCCUUGUGUCUUAUGUACAGUCCAAAAACUUGUCAAAUACUCUUCAACUGGUCUUCAGUGUAAGCCAUGGUGUUUUUUCAACUGCCACCACUACCGGAGAAGACUGCCAUAUAAAAAAAGUUGCCCAUUACUUAGGGGAACAGUUACUAUCCCUUAGUCCUAUUUUAUUUGCAUCCUCAGGCAAUGGAUUAUGUUUUUCUCUGUUACUCCACUUAUGUGGGAGGUUCCUCUCUGCAUUCCCAGAGCCCUGAGGAGCCCCUGUUUUUUAUUCUGCCAACAUCAUACCCUCACCUUUUAGGCCCCAUGUCAUAGCAACCACGCCUUUAGAAUGAGGAUGACUUGGUGGGAAAUCCCUUCAGAGCCCAGCAACACCACUCCUAAAUCAGCUUAUAAGAACUUACAAGAUACAAAGUGAUCUUUCCCCACCCAAGGCUUUACAGUGCUCCCAGCCCUGGCUGGCCCACUUGUUUCUUAAUAUGAUCUUUCCAUUUUCUGAAGAGGCCGUUGCUUUCCAGUAUGGGUUCUCCUAUAUCUUCCCCUGCUUGCCAGUGGAAAAGUGCUCAAUGCAGGAGAACAGAGGGAUUUUGUUCACCCCUUGUCAUUCCGCACUACCAUGUUCCCUUACCUCUUCAUACACCACUAGACUCAUAAUACACUCUCUUGUUGCCAUUUGGAAGCAGAUACAGAGCUGUUAGCACGCAAUUAGGAAAUAAAUAACUUCUGCAAAUUUUCUUUAACCCUUAAAUAUGCUACCAUCCAUAUAAGCUUUCUCAUCUAUGCACACACUUUUCUCAACUAGUUUUAAGAUGUCUCUUGCCAAAAAGGAACUAUAGUAUUCGGUAGUAAUACUCCAAAAUGCUAGAGGCCUGAUUCUUCUGUUAUUCUGACAUAGAACUUAUAUAACUUCAUAGCUGUCAGUGGAGUUAUACCUGCAUAAAAUCAGUUUAACAGAAUGGAGCCUCAGACCCUACAUUUUACACUAGCCAUACAGCAGUAUUUUGGGAACUAACUUGUAUUUUUUUAAUAAGGGGGGGAAGAGUUUCUCUCCCACACUUUCUAACUGACCCCAUCUAUAACUGGCAGUUGCUAACACAAUGUAAAAUAUAUUAAGCAUCAUUUCUAAUGGGCAGCCCCUUGUCUUAAGCCACCAUUUAAAAUUAUCCACAGGGCUUUCUUGUACAGUAUUUGGUCAAACAUUAACCCUCAGUCUCUACUAGGCCACCAUUUUCUGCUGGUCCCGUGAGUGAUGGGUUAGACAGAUCUUGCUGCAGUCUGUUCUGUUACCUUAUUGAAGAACAGUUGAAGGUUACCAGUGACAAUUGUUCAGAGUGAGUUGUUGGACAGUGUUCUAUUUAGAAUAUAUCUACAAGCUCAAAAUGCUGUUUCAUUUAUGGUAGCAGUAGUACUGUGUAUCUCUUCUACUCACAAUUUAAAUCUGUACUGUGCUCUGGUCUCUGUUCAGUUUCUUGUGAUAUAUCAUAGGCCAGUGGUAGUUUAUUUAUUUUUAUUCAUCUACUGGAAAAAUUAACAUGGGGGAUACAUCGAGAUACAAUGUGAGGUAGAGGCGUUUUUCCAACAAGGCAAGUACCACAACUGAAGAGUGCCUUUGACUAGAGUGUGUCAUAGAGCUCAUACCAGAUUACGUCAUGAAUGAGACUAAAUGGCUUCCUAUUACUGAACUGUAACCUGUUCCCUCACGUUUAGCUUAGAUAAUUGUCAUUGACAGCAAAAGUCUAGGUGGUUCGGUUUGACUGAGAUGCCUGGGGAAUUGGAUGUGCAACUCCCAUACUUGAGAUAUCAGUAGUAUUAACAGAAGUUGCACAUCGAAUUCCCUAUGGACAGUACUGACAGUAAUCUACUCACAAGUCAGAAUGAAAAAAUGAAGACCAGUUAUAAUAAUUGAUUUAGAGUGGUUGACGCUUUAAGUGGUUGACGCCUUAAAGUCUUAAAUCAGAUUACAAUAAUUUUAAGUGGGGCUCGACAUUGGCCUGUAGUUGUUGUAGUCUACACUGACUUUUGGGGAGACCUGAGUUAGACUUCCUGUCUUAUCUCUUCACCUCUUGUACUGCUGGAGACCUCAAAAGUGCAAGGGCUAACAGAGGAUAAAAUUGGAAGAUCCACAAAAAUAUGAGCUAUUUCUUAGAGAAAAAGUGAAACCAUGUAGAGCACUCCCAGUCAGCUAGUGUCAUCUCUGUGAAUACUUUUGCUCCCUCUUGGUAAAUUCAAACAGCCUUGAUUAUUUUCAUUCAGGCUCUGGGUGAAUAGGUUCCAGUUUUUAAACAUUAUAUACUAAAUAAACCAGCAGAGUAUUCUGAUCUUUCAUGACAAUCCUGUGUGGAAAUACAUAGCCUGCAUUCUGCAUCUGUAUUAUUUUAUUCUUUUAUCCUAAAAUUCCAAGAAAUAACAUUUGUAAAUAACAGUGAGCACUCGAUCAAUACUGUGUUCUCCUUAUUUUAGCCCAUAAAGUUUAGGGAGGAACCGUGCUAUUCCCUGAGCUGAUAGACUGUAAAAGAACAUCUGCGCAUCUCUUUUCUAUGUGCGCUGUUUAAUUGUAGCAGAUUAACAUAGAAAGGGUAUGGUACAUCAUAACUAGGCAAUUAUCCAUUCUUCAUCACUUAGUUAUGGUUACACUAAUUGAUCAUUUAAGAAAUAAGAUAGUCUAACAUUAGGAACAUUUGAGGCUGUUCAGAAAAGAUCAACAAAUUAAUAAUUGUGUGAUAUUUGCAUAAUUGGCUGCAAUUAUUUAAUGUUUAAUUGGCUGAUCAAAUGCGAUUCAGCCUCUCACAUGUGUAUGCUUUACAAACAGUGGUACUUUAAAAUGAUAAUGAUGAACUAUAAUUUUUGCAAGUUCUUUCUUUCCCCCACUUCAUUCUUUGAUUAUUUUCAGCCUUGAGCAUGUUCCUAAUUUUCAGUUUAGUUUCAGCUAUUUAUCUGUCAGAAAGAAGUCCUUAAAAUGAGAUCCCAUUUCAGAGGUCCACAAAAACUAGUGUUUCAUUCAAACCUUGAUGAUGCAGGAGUUGUGGAAUUAGCAGCUGUCACUGCAUUGCCAGAUUCAUAAUUGCAGUUCAGGGCAAAUUCACCCAGGGGUAACAAUGAUUUAUUCUGGUGAGAACUCUGGCAAAGGAUCCUCAGAGUAGAAAGUCCAUCCAGAGGAGGUUGUGGCAGCACAAAACAAAUGUAAUUUCCUUGACAGGGGAGUUAGGAGGGCAGCAAGGACCAAAAAAUGGGAGAUGCUGGCCAGGGAAUAUGGCCAUUGGAUGAUCUGACUCAAUAUAGUCUUCAACAGUGUCCAUGAGAAGGAUUCCCAGAAAAUCCCAGCCAUAAACUAAGUCUGCCCACGUCCCCUAGCAGAAAUCCCCGAGGGACUGCAGUGGUAAUACCACCUGCCCUUUUUCUGGAUGAAUCGCCACUGGAGUGCUGGGAGAUAUAAUUAACCCUUCCCUGCCUAAGUGCUGGUGAUUCUUUUGUCCUUAUUUUAUAUUACACCUGGAGAAUGGUAAUCUGAAAAAUAGGGCAUUUGAAAGGUAGAGGUUCAGUAUGUGCUGGUGGGAAUGAACACACAAUAGGGUAUGUCUACACUCAAGUUAGAGGCGUGAUUCCCAGCUUGAGGAGACAUACCCACGCUUGCGCUGAUAGAGCUAGCAUGCUAAAAGUAGAGUAUAAGCCGCGAUGGUGUGAGCAGCAGGAGGGGCUAGUCAUCCAAACAUGCCUAGGGUCUCAGAAGGGAUCGUACACAGGGAAGCUAGCUCCUUAAACUACUGCAGCUACACUUCUAUUUUUAGCAUGCUAGCUCAGUCAGAAUUAACGUGGGUAUGUCUUACUGAGCUGGGAGUCGCACCUUCAGCUUGAUGUGUAGACAUACCGAUAUGUGAAUCACCGCUCAUGUCCAAGCAGUGGGCAAGGCAGAAGGGGCGAAUUGAGAGCUAUUUCACAGCUCCAUCACCUGGGGGGAAGGAGAGGAGGAACUCUUGUCCAGUGUUAUCUAUAGAGCAACCUAUGUCAUCUCCUCAAAUCACUUAGCCCCUUUACUUUGCUUCAGUAUGUAACAAUGCAAUAUCAUAGAGCAAAUGUUGCAAUGCCCUGUCAGAGCAUGGCACAGCGAUUGAUCUUCCAGGCCUUGCUCAGAUUCCUUUCACCUCUUCAGGACCCUACAUAUGGUGCACAGAGUAGACAGGCCCAGUAAUGAGGGGAAAGCAGCAUGCAGGUGGGUGCACUUGUAUCACAGUGUAUGUCUGUGCUGCAAUUAAAAAAAAAAAACACAGCCCAGGCUCCAGCCCAAACCCAAACUUCUACACUGCUGUUUUUAGCUCAAAGCGCAAGCCCCAUAAGCCUAAGUCAGCUGACCCAGGCGCUGAGACUUGUUGCUGUGGGUCUUUUAUUGCAGUGUAGACACACUCGCAUUCCAGAUACCUAAAGCAGGGCUAAUACUAAUGACCUACCCAGGGAUGGGGUGGGUUCUCCAUCACUUGGAAUCUUUAAAUCAAGAUUGGAGAUGUCUUUCUAGAAAAUAUGCUGUAGCUCCGCCAGAGGUUAUGGGCUUGAUGCAGAGUUUACUGGAUGAGCUACAGCCUGUGCUAUGUAGGAGGUCAGACUAGAUGAUCAUAACAGUUCUUUUUGGCCUUAAAAUGUAUUUGUAAGAAGUUUGUAUUUAUAGCCUCCCCGGGCUGUCAGUGUCUGUGCUUUCAGUCAUCGCCUGGGUCUUUCUCCCCGUCACCUAUUAUUUUGCAAGUAAUGUUGGCACAGGUAGGUGCCAGCUUUUUCCUUUCCCCGGGGUGCUCAACCCCUGCUCAGGGCACAGGCCCCACCCUCAGUCCACCCCUUCACCCAAACCUCUGCCUCUUUCCACUCCCUCCCCCGAAUGUGUCCAGUCCCCACUCCUCCUGCACACCGCAGAACAGCGGCUUGCAGGAGGCACUGGGAGGGAGGGGGAGGAGUAGAUUGGCGGAGCUGCCGGCAGGCAGGAGAUGCUGUGGGGAGGGGGAGAAGUUAAUCGGUAGGGCUGCCGGUGGGUGGGAGGCACUGAGGGGAGGGAGGAACUGGCUGGCUGCUGGUGAGUGCUAAGCACCUGCUAAUUUUUUUCGUGGGUGCUCCAGCCCACGGAGUCGAUGCCUAUUAAUGUUGGGGCUAAAUUUUAGCACAGUUAGUAACUCAUAUUAAUGGGGCCUUUGCAGUUAAUUCCCUAUGUACUGUGCUGGAAAGGCAAUUUCUUUGGUGCUCAAACAGAUAUCUGGUCAAGGAGUGUGGAAGUCAUUAAAGAGCAGCAGAAUGAGGAAAAAGGUGAUGGUCUUUUAUCUGCACAAUACAUUUUAUUGCAGGUGUUUUACUCAUCCCAGUCUGCAAAGUGCCUCUUCCAAAAUAUUUUUAUUAAAGCUUUUAAAUCUGUAUUUCCUUUCACAUGGUCAGCCUCUAGACAAGACUGCGCAGGGCAUUCCAUUAAUUCAAAUUCUAUUAAACAUAAUGAACAAAAACAGCUUUAGUUUAAACAGUAAGUCUGGAGUCUCAUGGCCUUCAUGAAAUGCAAAAUAUACUGCCGAAUUCUUAUUUCUUUCCAUGUAUCUAACCAAAUUAUAACUGAAAGCCAAGUAGGCUAUUAAUACCUGGAGCAUAACACAAAAGCCUAGCCAAAAACUUUUUACCCUGAGUUCUUUGAUCCCAUUUGCAAAAUGGGGCACAUGCUAGAGAGGAGGGGAGUUUGAGCAAAGGCUGAGGAGCCACGUACUCCAGAGUUUCAGUUCUGGCUCUCACAUUGACUCUGUGAUCAUGGGCAAGUCAUCUAGCCUCUCUUUGACUCCAUUUGCCCACCUGCAAAAUGGAAACAGUGCAACCUAACUCGCAGGUGUUGCGAGGAAUAAAUACCCAGUGAUCUCAUAUUUUUGGCCUGGGGGACACGGGAGAAAUCUUAAAAAGUCUGCCCUGUUAUGAGCACAGAAGCAUAAGCCAACCACUAGCUGCUGGGACCUAGGUAGACAUUUCCCCAUAUGGGAAGGUUAUCCCAUAACUGUCUACCACAGGGUUCCUUGCACCUUUCUCUGAAGCAUCUUGUACUGGUCACAGUCAGAGACAGGAUACUGGAGUAGAGGGAGCACUGAUCUGAUGAUCUAGUAUGGCAAUUCCUAUGCCUGUCCAUCCAGGAAGGGGACACAGUCUGUCCUUUCACUCCCCUGAAUGCAAGGAUUAAACCAGGCUAGUGCUGCCAGCAAUAGCCUCCCUUAAAGACCCUGGCCAACAAAGUGGGUCCUCCUUGGAGCAAGGAGAAGGAGGAUGAAUGAUCCUCAUCCAGGAGUCUUUCUGGGAGGUGUGUAUUGUCACCAUCCUCUAACCAUCAGCUCUCCUAUAAUCCAAAAAUUGAACUGUGUGUUUGCAAAGCACUUUGAGGACAACAAGCAUUGUGGGUAAAUGCAAAAUAUUAUUAUAAUUAUUACAACGUCUUAUGUGGCUCGUAGGAUUCAAUCUAGCCUUUAACAAAACAGAAUUUAUUUUGCUACAGGUAAAAUCUCUUCUAUGAAUCUAAUUCACUUCAAGAAAUCUGUUUAAGCAGCACAGAUAGAUGCCAGACGCAGAGCCAGCAUUUGAAGCAUCCCUUCCUGAUUAGUUGCAACAUCUUGAUUAUACAGAGGAAAAAUGUUAUAUGUAGACACACACUUCGUAUGAUGUGUCUUAUUUUUAAGGUUUCCUGCAGUAGGACCAUAAUCCUGCAAAAUGCAUAGCUCAGUUCCAAGUUUAAAAUUGCAUCUGACACACAGUACAGAUUUGACAAGAGCACUAUUCACUGAUCAGAGAUAAAUUUAAUUUUUACAUUUGUCAAAAUAAAAUCAAGGGCGUAGAAGCAACUUGAUCCAUCAUGCUUCUAAACCCCUGUAUACUAGAAGUCCACCCUAUCCCGUUUUAGAGCUGUGCCUUAUAACAUAACAUUCAAAUCACCCUGUGGGAUCCAUCCUACUCUGGUGCUGAGUGCUCUUGACUUCAGCAAGUAGCAGUUGAGAAUUAUUAGAGUGCUGUGUUUUAUCCAAUUCUACAGAAAUACAUUUUGUCAUGAAGCUCCAGAUUGUGCAAAGAAUAACUGAUAUUUGCUAAAAUACCUCCUCCUAAUGGUAGGAUAAUGUUCCUUCUUGCUUAAUUUAGGUAGCUAGAUUGUUAUUCAUAAUGGAGGAGGAAGAUACUGACAUUGAAUUGGUAAAGAAACAGUAGUAUUAGAAUCAUCUUACCAGUAGUAUUAGAAUCAUCUUCCUUUGUUAAACAUGGUGGUUAUUAGGCUAGGUUCCAAUAUAUUUUCCCUGACCAGGAUGGAAAAAUCUGACAACAGUAUUAGCCAAACCAUACUAUAGGUGUCCCCAAUUCCACUUGAUUCUCCAUUGCCCUUGUGCAGUCAUUUACACCAGUGCAAAGUAGGUGUAAAAAUGCUACCAAAUCAGACUGGUCAUGCUCUUGGUCUGUGGCACAAUUGCAAAGGUCGUUUCUCAGACACACACAAAAAAACCCUGUCCCCAUGGGCUAGAGAACCAUGCCAGUACCCUACUAGGACCAGUCAUGUUGGAAACACUCUGCUCUUGCCAGUGUGGAUAGACCCAUGUGACUCUCCUUUAAUCUGAAGGAAGACCUGUGUUGAAAUACACAAAAUAAAUCCCCCC